AUGCCUAAGGCGAUCUCCAUCUCCAAGAUUGACGGCAAGCCCGGCCAUGUCUACUACCCUCUAUCUCUAGAUGAGGUCCCCAAGCCCAUGCCCAAAGCCAGAGAGCUUUUGAUCAAGAUCCAGGCCGCGGCACUAAACCACCGCGAUCUCUUCAUCCGACAGCAUCUAUACCCAGGCACGACAUUCGGCGUACCUCUUCUAGCGGAUGGAUGUGGCACGGUCGUCGCCACUGGCAGUGACGCCGACUCCUCUUGGAAAGGCAAGCGAGUCAUCGUAAACCCCGGCACGGGCUGGAAAGACAGUCCCGACGGGCCCGAAGACAAAUCCGGCUACAGGAUCCUCGGCGGCACCAAGACGAACCCCACCGGCACCUUGCAGGAGUACAUGGUCAUCGACGAGUCCGAAGUCGAGGAAGCACCAGAGCAUCUCUCCAGCGUGGAAGCGGCUGCCCUGCCCUUGACCGGGCUCACAGCAUGGCGCGCUGUCGUUAGCAAAUGCGGCGAGCACAAUCUCAAGCCCGGCAAGAAUAUCCUGAUCACUGGCAUUGGCGGCGGUGUAGCAUUGAUGGCUCUUGAAUUUGCUCGUGCCGCCGGAGCCAACGUCUACGUUAGCAGUGGAAGUGAAGAGAAGAUCCAAAAGGCCAUCAAACUCGGGGCCAAGGGUGGAAUCAACUACAAAGAAGAAGCGUGGGAGAAGAAAUUGUUGGCUUUGCUGCCUGAGGACAACAAGCAGCUCGACGCCAUUGUGGACGGCGCGGGCGGAGACGUCGUGGAGAAGGGCGCCAAGUUGCUCAAGGCUGGUGGCAUCAUCGCCGUCUACGGAAUGACGGUCGGACCCAAGAUGCCGUUCUUGAUGCAGGCGGUCCUGAAGAACAUCGAGGUCAAGGGCUCUACCAUGGGAUCGAGGAAGGAGUUCAAAGACAUGGUCGACUUCAUCAAGAGCAAAAAGGCCAAGCCUGCGGUGUCGCGUGUCGUUCAGGGCUUCGACUUGGACGCCAUCAAUGGUCUAUUCGAGGACAUGAAGAAGGCUACGCAGUUUGGCAAAUUGGUCAUUGACAUUUCCAAAGAAGGCGGCUCAAGCAGUAAGUUGUGA